AUGGGAGAAGAAGGCGGCCGCCGCAACUGUGGGACCACUAGGGAGCUGCAGAAGCUGAAGCAGCGGGCGAUGGAGUACUACCAGCAGAAUGACGUACCGCGCAGACUGGAAGAGCUGCUGAACUCCACCUUCUACCUCCAGCCUGACGAUGUCUACGGGCACCUGGCAAAUUGCUUUUCUAAACUUGCAAAACCUCCUACCAUAUGCAAAGCAGUGGGGAAGAACGUGCUGGAUGGACUAGGCCUUCCAACCCUGCAAGUGGAAAUAUUCUGCACCAUUCAAAAUUUUCCCAAGAACAUAUGUUCUGUGGUGAUCUCGUCUCACUUUGAAGUACAUGAAAACCUUCUGCCCGAGCUAAUGGAAGCUGAGGAAUUGGAACGGAACAACGCCAUCAGCACAGCUGUGCAGUGGGUCAACAACAUGAUCACUGUGGAGAUUCAGGGCCUGGAACCUUCCAACCAGGCUGAGGUGGAUCAGCUGCUCAGGACAUUCUUUGCAAACAAAGUGCAAGAGGAGCAGGAGAGAAAAGAAUUGGAAAAUUUGGCAGAAGACUUAACAGUGCCUACGCCGCCACCACCACCUCUUCUUCCGCCUCUUCCGAAAAAGAAAGGACAGAAGCAAGGGAGGAAGGAUACUCUUCUGGAGAAGCCGAUCCCACCUGAAGAACCUGCCGAACCUGUCCUCUGUGGCAGCAUGGCCAUAGCGGCUGUGUCACUAGCUGUUGCAAAAGCCAGCGCCAUCCUGGCCAGUAAUCCUCUCUACUUACGUAUUGCGUCACUGAAGCACAAUCAGGAACAGCCAAAAAAGCUAAGCGUACCUAUGCUGAUGGUGUCUCUGAUCAGCUGCGGAAAAUCAUCUUCUGGGAAGCUGAAUUUAAUGAAAGAAGUCAUUUGUAUCCCCCAUCCCGGACUAAGCACCAAACAAGGUGUGGAGAUGCUUCUGGAAAUUCAGAAACAUGUUAACAAAACAAUUGAAACGCCACCCCCUCCAAAACCAGAGACCAAAAAGGGGCAUAAUGGAGGCAAAAGGGGUCAACAGAUCACUGGUAAGAUGUCCCAUCUUGGCUGUUUAACCAUUAACUUUGACACCAUAGAGCAGCCUGUCCUCUUCAUCCAAGGCAUCUGCACCAACCUGGGGCUGGAACUGGGAACAAACCUACAUCUCGCUAUCAACUGUGCUGCUCAUGAGUUGAUGGACUACAGUAAGGGGAAGUAUGAAGUGAUGGUGGGGACACUGAAAAGUGCUUCUGAGAUGGUAGACUUGUACGUGGAUCUGAUCAACAAAUACCCUUCAAUUAUUGCCUUAAUUGAUCCCUUCAGGAAAGAGGACUCUGAACAGUGGGACAGCAUCUACAAUGCUCUUGGUUCCAGGUGUUACAUCAUCGCAGGAGCUGCAUCCAGAAGCAUCCCUAAGCUUCUAGAGGAUGGGAAUAUCAGCACCCCCAGAGCCAGUGGGCUGAUCAUAAAACACACAAAUCACACAACGAUGUCGGACUUGGUACAAGUAACCAACCUCAUUGACAGUAAGAAGCACAUUGCUGUCUUUGGAAGCAUGGAGGGAGAGUCGUCUGAUGAUAGCCUAGUGGAUUUGGCUGUCGGACUGGGAGUGCGGUUUGUCAAGUUGGGAGGUCUUUCUCGAGGCGAACGGGUGACUAAAUACAACCGCCUUUUUACUAUAGAGGAAGAACUUGUCCAGAAUGGAACACUGGAUUUCCAAGAGCGCACUUUUUUAAACUUUAAUGAGGAAGCUGAAGCUGCUGCAGCUGCGGAUGAGGAGCUACUUGAGCCCCCGGAGCCCAUCUUUCCCACAGAAGUUGUAGAGGAACCAGCCAAUGUGUGA